AUGCAAGAAAGCCUCCGAGAGAGCUCAAUAAAAGCCUUCCACCCGUCAUUCUAGGAGGAUAAGAGCAAGAUACUGUUAACAAGUGCAGGAAAUGGCUUUCGGAGUUUCAAUAUCAGUCUAUAUCUUAUUCAAUGCUGUGACAGCAUUGACUGAAGAGGCAGCCAGGACUGUAACACCCCCAAUCACAACCCAGCAAAGUGACUGGACCAUUAACAAAACAGAAGCUGGCUACACAGAAGGACCCAUAGCGUUGAGGGUCUCACAUCCUUGCCUGGAAGACCACCAUAGUUACUGCAUCAAUGGUGUUUGUGCAUUCCACGAUGAGCUGGAGAAAGCCAUCUGCAGGUGUUUUGCUGGUUAUACUGGAGAAAGGUGUGAGCACUUGACCUUAACUUCAUAUGCUGUGGAUCCUUAUGAAAAAUACAUUGCAAUUGGGAUUGGCGUUGGAUUAUUAUUAAGUGGUUUUCUUGUUAUUUUUUACUGCUACAUAAAAAAGAGGUGUCUAAAACUGAAAUCACCUUACAAUGUCUGUUCCGGAGGAAGACCACUAUGAGGCCUUUGUAAGAAAUUUUCAUGAGUCAUUGGUGAAAAUCAGUGGGCCCAAAACUGAAAUUUUCAAGUGAAACAACAAAACUUCCUAAGCUGACUAGAAAGUUGGGAUCACGAUGAAACAAGAGAAUAAAUUUCAACAUUGGUCCUUUGGCUUUGCCAUUUUUAAAGUGCCACAGGAGCCAAGGAAACAAGGUACAGUGACAGAGGUCAAGUUCACAGUCCUACUCUGGGUUUGUUGCUGUUGUGUGAUUAUUGUUCUCACUGCAGAGAGACUGAGUUUUGUGCUUCUGACUACGUCAGAUGUGAAAUUUCAUGGGAAUAAUUAUCAACCUUGCAGCCAGCCAAAGCAAUGCCAAGCUUGGAUCCUUCACUAUGCUUGCUACCAGGAUUCUGGACCACUGCUCUAUGGACCAAAUCCCAAACAUGAUGCUUUCAUGGUGUCUAAAAGAAUGCGAUGUCAGCUAUUCAGAUGACAUUCGUAUUAUGGCACCUCCAGUGAAUCAAACUUAUGAUUAAAGUCUAAGCUAGAGAAAAGAAAUGGAAUGUCCAAGGCAAACAUAAUGAUACCCAACUUGUGACAACACUGUGAAAUAUGGAAUAAGCUAAAGAGUUUCUGAUGACUGAAAGCUACCUGGAUAUUGAGCCCUGAGGAGGCAAAAAGGUUUUGUUUCUGCAUGGAUUAUAAAAUUUUGUGUUGGACUCACUGGUCCCCGAAUGCUUAUGUUCAUCACUUUCUCCUAUUGUUAGUGGAAUUACCUGGCGAUUAUCUAUUUGGACUGAAAUUCUAAAAUUCUACUAACAAAUAAAAUUCUACAAUUGGCUCUGAAAUAGAAACUGAAGAACUUGACAUAAGAAUUUUUCACCAGCCAACAGCGGGUGGACAUUUUCUUUACCAUUUCUGGGUACCGGAGAGAAGAUUUGCACAGAGGGAGAGAAAACGGAAUAUUGGUAGAAAUAACAAUUUGAGAAUUAGGGUCCUUCCUCUCUAAUCAUAUUUCUUCCACCUAAUUCGAAUAGUCUUGUUCAGGUCCCUUAAUUUCUUUGGGCUUUGAUCAGUUUGUACAAUGUCCUUCUAACUCUAAAAUUUGAUUGUGACAGAAGAGAGAAUAUUUUCCACCUCUCAACUCCAUCUCUGUCCCUGAUCUCACCUCUCACCCCACUGGAUAUCAUCUUAGGUGUAUAUUUUAUUAUUUGGUUUGUAAAAUAAUAAUUUAAGAAUUUGUUUUUAAAGGAAGUAAAACAUGAAAUUAAAAAUAAUAAUAUCUACCAUUUUUCUUUUAGAUUCAAUCUAAGACUAUGGACUUUUUUUCUAUUGUGGUGUAGAUAAGCAAAAUAAUUUUGAUCAUGAGAUGGGUUAAAAAAAGAUCAAACAUGAA